CGGGAGUGUUUAGGCCCUGCCUUCCCUCUUGCUUUAUUGAGCCGUGAAAACGACACCUCGCUAACUUCCCUUUACUGGAAGCAGAGACGUUAGGAAACGUGUCGAGCAGCCUGAGUCAGCAUGAAGCCAUGUCGGAGGACUCACAGGGAACUUUAAUGAAAGCUAACGUGUAUCCUCGCACCAACAAGGACGAUGGCAGCGGGCUGGACCCUACUGCUGGCUGCUGCUGCACUCGCUGCGGCUCACGACCACGAUGGGGAGACGGACACUUACCGCGUCAGCAUCGGCCACCUCUUCCUCCUGAGCUGCCUCUCCGCGGGCAACCACGCCAACGUGACGUGGAGCAGAGGGGGGGGGCGCCACCCGAGCCUGCCCCCCGGGGUGGAGGUCAGGGAAGGAAUGCUGUGGUUUCUACCAGUGCAGAUGUCUCAUGACGGAUUCUACACCUGUGAGAAAAGGGACCCCUCCGGAGCGCUGAGAGCCACGUUCAGGGUGUCGGUGUCGAGACGGAUGUGCCCCGACCCGUCUGAGGACAAGUCCCUCUUCCUGGAGGUCCCUGGAAGUCUCUCCUGCAAGCAGACGGAGAUCUUCAAUCUGAAGCUCACCAGGAGCGUGCGCUGGAUGAAGGACUGCCGGCCCAUGGAGGGAGGAGGACGCGUCACUGUGGACGAUGGUGGCAUCAUGAGGCUCUCUGCUGCCUCUCAGGGGGAUUCUGGGAAUUACACCUGCCUGGUCGACGUCAACGUGGACGGCCGGACGUACUCCGCUGCACGCAGCAUCUGGGUGACCGUUGACAAGGGGAUCGAAGAUACGCUUGCUGUAAAGCCCGAGGUGGUGUCCCCUCAAGAUCAAGUGGUGGUGGUUGAAGAAGGGGCGAGGGUGGAGCUGGAGUGCUUGGCCUCCAUCGGCUUCAGCGAGGACCAGGAGACGUUCAUGUACUGGACGGUGAACGAGACUGACGCCGACGGGCACGAGGAACUCCGCCACUCCUGGCACUUUGAACACCAGAGAGGGAUGGUGUACGGCAAGUCCACUCUCUCCAUCUCUAACGUCCGCCGCCACUUCCUGAAUGUGCCCAUUUCCUGCUGCGUGUUGAACCCGGGCGGAUUCCAUGAGGGCUUUGUGAGGCUUCAAGAAGCCGACCACAGGGCCCUCUACACCGCCGUGGCCCUCGGCCUCUCCUCCUCCUUGGCUCUCCUGCUGCUCUUCGCGGCCCUCGUCUUCUUCAGAGUGGACCUGGUGUUGGCCCACAGGAAGCUGCUGAGAACCUAUUCCAAGCGAGCAGCUCCUGAUGGGAAGAUUUACGACGCCUACGUCAGCUUCCUCCCCCCCGACGCCCCGAGGUCAGCUGAGACUGAGAGCCUGGCCCUGGGGGUCCUUCCUGAGGUGCUGGAGAAACAACACGGCUACUCCCUGUACAUCCCGGGAAGGGACGACUGCCCCGGAGAAGCGGUGCAUGAUGUCAUCGCCGCCACGGUGCGCCGCUGCCGCAGACUGAUCAUCAUCAUAUCACCUGAGACGACCCCCCCCCUCAAUGGAAGAACAGAGGGCCAGCUGUGCUACGAGCAGAAGGUCGGCCUCCACGACGCGUUGACCUCUAACGACCCCCGGGUCAUCCUGGUGGAAGUGGGCGGUCCCGUGGACUACAGCCGCCUGCCCGAGUCCAUGCGCUACGUCAGGAGGAGGCAAGGCGCUCUGCGGUGGAGGAGCACCCGCGGAGCCAACAGAAGCUUCUGGAAGAGUCUGCGGUACCACAUGCCCUCGGUGCCCGCGGGGGGGCGACGGCCGCCGUCUGAACCGAGCCACAGGCAGGACGUCGGGCUUUUUGAAGGAUCCCUCAUGAGGAACUCAUGCUUUGUGUGAGACGUGUUCCUGACGUGUUCCUGACCUGUUCCUGACGUGUUAGUGACGUUUUCCUGAUGUGUUAUUCGUCAUCAGCACAUUUAUUCCCCUCAAACCAGCCAGGGUGAGACUGUGCUGUUCUGUUCUCUAAUGCUAAGGAAAGGAGCCUCGAUGCACCUGGAAAGGAGAUCAUUCCGUCCCACAAUUGCUUGCGUCAGCAAUUUUUAAAUAGUGACGUAUCAUUGGUCCGUCCAGGAGGAAUAACGAUUAUGACGCAGAAACACAGAUCAUUCAUUCAAAAAAGGACCACUGCGGGGACAACCACCAUCCAGUAUUUAUUUUGGCAGCUAUUUUUGAUUUAGUCUUAGUCUUUUAGACCAAAAUGCAUGUUAGUUUUAGUCACAUUUAGUCAUUUUAAUCCUUCUUAGUUUUAGUCAACAAAAACUCAGAACAUUUUAGUCUGGUUUUAGUCAAACUCCUUUUCUUCCCUUCUCAGGCCCAGACCCCCUGUGUUUUGUCUACAACUGCAUAAUAGUUUAGCUUGCAGUACUUAAGUUGUCUAUUAGAUAUCCCUCCUAGGAUAGGUCUAUAGCACGGAGGGGGCCACAAUGCGUUCUAACAUUUGACAGAGGGGCCAGGAACAAAUGGAUGAAAUGUUUGUGUGAGCUAAUAUAAAUGAUAUGUGAAAAAUCAUUACAUAAAAGGCUUUGGCUUUUGACAAGUAGCAAAGCAUUCGUUGCCAAGGAUAUUUAACACAUUUGCAAGAGUGUAAAGCUCCGCCGACCUCAUGAGAACCAGGAACCUAAACGCAACACUUUGUUGUCUUUGUUUACUCGCAACGCUUUUGACACGACCAUGACCGUUGGUUUCAUGAAGGGUUUUUCACUCUUGUGUCCUCCGGGUUUUCUUCCACCUGCACUGAGCAGUUCUAUCAAAAGCCUCCACCUGUCACGUGUGCUCGCGCGUUCUUUGUUGCUUAGUAACGAACGGACGGUGGCCAAACCGUCUUCUCAAGACGUGGCGUGUGAACUGGUCGAAGUGCGCGUGUCUCCAAACGCUGGCUUCCGUCACCAGAAAACGGAGCAGCCAGGUCCACAUGAACAUCUCUGCUGGGCGAACCACCAUCAGGUAGAACCACCAUCCAGUGGGGAGGGAAAGCACAAAGACUUUAGGAAAGGGUAAUGUUGGUUCAUGAUGGCAGUAAUAGUUAUAUGAUUAAUAUUUAAAUGAGUAAUAAUGAUGAUGAUAGCAGUAGCGGUGUCUUCUGGCUUGAUCGACAGAUACAGUUGAGAAUCGUCUGCAUAACAAUGGAAGUUUAUGCGCUGUUUUCUGAUGACGUCGCCCAACGAAGGACCGUGGUACAUGUCCUGUCAAGAUAGACUCAUAAUAUCCGUGCUAACUAAAUGAAAAAAUUCCUUAAGCAGCUUAGUCAGAAUCAGAUCCAAGUAGAAGAUCCAGACUUCGAAAGUUGUCAAGGUCAGUUGAUCAAGUUUGAUGGAAGAGAAGCCAUCCAAGCGGCCAUCAGGGCCCACUGCUGCACCUGUAUAUCAUGUGAGUAACCGUUAGCAGUGUUGUGCCUGAACGCGUUCAUUGAACGAUAGUUCAUGAACUCAAUCAUAUUUUGGGCGAACGUGAACUGAACGUAGUGUAUAAAUGCCCGAUGAACGUUACUGUGAACUCCUUCAUUCUGGUGUCUGUGAACGGCACGUUCUUUCAGGUUAACAUCGUUCAAUGGGGUGCCAGAUUUCUAUAGAAAACACACCGUAAACGCACCUUAAUAAGUAGUGGAACAAACACCCAAUCUGGCAACACCAGCCUCCAGUGUUGCACCGCGCAUGCGUCAUCAAAAAAAAAAGACAUGCAUGGAGGCGACGGCUGCGUGUAGCAAAGAUGGGGCGUAUAAUAAUUGUUUUGAGUUUUAUGAAGUUACUGACAAGGUCGGUGAGGAUGGGAGGAAUCUGACCUUUCUUUGCAAACAUUUGCACCUUAAUGAUAACUGUCGUGUUUUAAUUCCUUAUUUAAAAAAGACCAUUCAAGCAGCGUGUGUUUGAGAAUGUACUGUAGGGGUGAACGCUGCAGCUAGUGUGGAGUGAAUGGACAGCAACAUUAAAGCUACAAAGGGGAAAUGCUGUCCCCUCAAUGCUAAUGUGAACCCUGGUUGGAUAAGGAUUCAAAAUUGGAUAUGAAGAUUAAAUCUGAUGAAUAGCUUCAGUGUUAAAACUCAUAAAAUAAUUGCUGUCUGUGGUUCUAUAUGGGCUGUGGCAAUAAUUUUGAAAAAUAAUAGCUCACAGCAACGUAUGGAAAAAAAGAUUGGAACUAGUUGGAACUGUGAACAUAGUUCAAAUAUUUUGAAGUUUGAACUAUGAACGGAACUAUGAACUAGUUCAUGUGGAAAGUGAACUUUCCACAUGAACUAGUUCACACUGACCGUUAGUUAAAAAAAGUUUAACCUUUUAAAACUGUUGUUCAUGGCAGCCUGCCCAUAGAGACAUGUGACUUCCUGUGCGCACUGAGAAGCAGAAUCACUCUGCGGAACUUUCGGUUUUCUUAUCUUAUGUCACGUUAUCUCUCUGAACCUCAGGAAUCUUGUACCUUUACACCCUCUUUGCUCAUCACCCUUCUCAUUUGUUUUGUAAUGAAUAAAUAUUCAUUGCACCAGUUUGUUUGUUUAUUGGCUUUAAAAUGUUUAUUGCAUCAAAUGACAACUUUCCUAAUUCAUAUAAAUGUUUUUUUAGCAGAGAUCUUUUCCAUUUGAGACACAAAGGUUUAUUGUUUGUUUAUAAAGGUUUUUUCAAUGUAAACAUGUACACAAACUGCUCCUUGAUGCACAUUAUUCUACAUUAUUUUGGUUUAAUCGGAAAAAUGAAU